AUGGAACCAACUUGUGUUCAGUUUCUUGAGAACAAGACAAUGCUCAUCACUGGCGCUUCGGGUUUCCUUGCUAAAGUUUUCGUGGAGCGAGUUCUGAGGUUGCAACCAAACGUGAAGAGGCUUUACCUUCUCGUAAGAGCAUCCGACAAGAAAUCAGCGGCACAACGAUUACAGAGUGAGGUUUUCGAGAAAGAUUUGUUCAAGGUGUUAAGAAAGAAUAUCGGAGAUGAAAAUCUGAACGCCUUGAUCUCGGAAAAAGUUGUCCCUGUUCCGGGAGACAUAUCACUGAACAAUAUGGGAGUGAGUGACUCUGAUCUCUUACAAGAUAUGGUCCAAGAGAUCGACAUUGUUUUGCAUUCUGCUGCCACCACGAAAUUCGACGACAGAUAUGAUGUUGCACUUGGGAUCAACACAUUUGGAUCACUCAAUGUUCUUAAAUUUGCUAAGAAGUGUGUGAAAGCACAAUUGCUUCUCCAUGUCUCAACUGCUUAUGUGUGUGGGGAAAGAUCGGGACUCAUACUUGAGAAACCUUUUGCUAUGGGAGAAACUCUUAACGGAAAAACCAAGGUAGAUAUCCAUGCGGAAAUGCAACUGGUACAAGAAAAUUCAAAACAACUCAAAGAACAAGGUUCUUCUUCAGAAGAAAUUAAUGAAGCCAUGAAAGAUCUUGGAUUAAAAAGGGCAAAGCUUUAUGGAUGGCCAAACACUUAUGUCUUCACCAAAGCACUGGGAGAAAUGCUUAUGGGACACUAUAGAGAAAAUAUGCCUAUUGUAACCAUACGUCCCGCAAUAAUCACAAGCACUAUCUCGGACCCAUUUCCCGGGUGGAUUGAAGGUUUAAGGACCAUAGACAGUGUGAUUAUAUUAUACGGAAAGGGAAUGCUAAAGUGUUUUCUCGCUGAUCGUAAGACAGUAUGUGAUAUGAUACCGGUCGAUAUGGUGGCAAACGCAAUGAUCGCGAUCGCAGCUGAACAUUUUGGUGACUCAGGAAGUCAUACCGUUUACCAUGUCGGCUCAUCUCACCGGAAUCCGGUGAUGUAUAAAGAAAUAUAUGUUUAUAUUGUUCGUUAUUUCAAGGAAAGCCCCCUGCUCGGUCGCAAUGGCAUGCAUAUAGUCCCAAACGUUACUGUUUUAUCCACAAUGGCUUGCUUCCGUCUCUUCACGAGCCUUCGCUUUAAAUUACCUUUACAGCUAUUGCGAGUACUUAGUAUGAUUUUCCCAUCGCAUUUCGGAAAUAAAUAUGAAUAUCACAACCGUAAAUUCAACACGGCGAUGAGAUUGGUGAAACUCUACGAGCCUUAUCUACUCUACAAGGGCAUAUUCGAUGAUAGAAACCUGGAAACAUUACGUGUCAAGAAUGAAGCUGAAGAGAUGGACAAAAUGUUUGGCUUCAAUCCCAACAGCAUUGAUUGGGAAGAUUACUUUAUGAAUACACAUAUCCAUGGCCUCAUCAAACACGUUCUGAAGAAGUAA